AUGAUCAUGCCUGGACCGGACGAAGAUAUGGUUCGCAGUACGGGGGGUCAGGUAGAUGACCUGACCAUGGCCCUGAUAGAUGCUGCAUAUGAUAGGGAUGAAGAAUGUCAGGAACAGAUCUGUAAUUCCUUGUUUGACCUGGGCAGAAGGAAGCCAGCCUUGGUCCUUAGUUCCUGCUAUGCUUAUCUUAAAAAGCAUUCCAAGCUGGUCAAGGAACACCGUGUGGUCUUGUUACAAUGUAUGGAGAGGAUCAUAAAGGAAAAGCUGGACGAUAUUGACACUGGUCUGGCAGUGGACGUGGUUAAACAGGCAGCAUUGGAACUCACUCUGUCAAAGGAGGUAGUCCCUGAUUGGCAGACUGCAGCCAGUGGUGUUUUAGUGGCCAUCGGUACCAAGUACUGUGAUGAAGUGAUGGAUGAGAUGUUACAACGCUUCCAGCCUGGCACACUCCCUCACUUCUUUGUAGUACAGACCAUCGGCAACCUAUCCCAGGCCAACGUUUACAGAAUGGUACCACAUUUGACUGCCGUACUGGGAACCAUGCUACCAAUGCUGGGUAUGGCGAAACAUGACAACAUGAGAUGGGUCUUUUCGGCAGCCCUGUCCAAAUUUUGUGAGGCAAUCAUUGACUACUGCGCUAACAUUGACAAAGCUCCUGACCCAACCGUUACCAAAGAUCGCUUCUCACAGGAGGUGGCUUCAGCUUUUGAUGUCUUGUUCAACUCCUGGCUACAAUCCAAAGAAAUCAAGCUUCGUCUGGCUAUUGUGGAAGCUCUAGGUCACAUGACACACUUGAUGUCCAAGGAGAAGUUAGAUGAACAGUUGCCAAAGAUACUGCAGGGAAUUCUGGGACUUUACAGACGACAUCCUGAACCUCUACACAUAACUACGGGUCUAUGCAGUGUGCUGGAUGCUGUCUGUGUAGAGGGUAACACCGUCCUGGAACCACACCUAGAACAGCUGCUAGCCACUCUCUUCCCACAGAUCUUCAAUCCUCCUGACUACAAUAAUCCAAACAGUGUUAAGAAUCACAACGAAGUUCUGCGUUGUUUUGCUAUACUGGCUCGUUCCUUCUCUGGGAAACUGACAGGAAUCUUACUGGCCAAGCUGGACAAUAACAACGAAAAGACCAAGAUUGGUGUACUAACCAUCUUUAAACAUCUGAUAAACGCAGCAACGGAGUCGAUGGCAGAUAAGCAGGAAGUGGUUGUGUCGGGUCUCAAAUCAAUGGUACUGGAACAGAAUAACAAGAUAAAGAAGAUUUUUGCUCAGGUGGUGAUUGCCAUGGCUCACCAUAACUACCUGGAGCUGGAAGGUGGACAACAGAUGAUGGAGUUUAUUGUUAAACAGUGUUCCCUCCCUAAUGACCCUCCGGGUAAGAGAUCUCCUGACCCUGAACAUGUGACUAAUAAACAGCUGAAGAUGAUGUGUGACAAUGUACUACAACUGCUUACAACCACGGUGGAUGAUAUGGAACAGGUAUUGUGGCCAUACCUGCUGGAACUGAUUGUACCAGAGCAGUAUACCGAAGCUGCUGGGGUCCUUUGUAAAUGUUUAGCUCACUUGUCCAACAAAAAACGCGAGGAGAAUGCAGAUGACUAUGAGAUUGAUUACGAAACUCAAGCCAAUGUUCCUAAGACUCCAGUGCUGAUAGCAAGACUUAUGGUGUUAGCAGGCCGACCAACGAAUGGAAGAGACCGAGGUGUGCAUGUGUUAAUGACAAUGAAGGGACUUGUCCCCAAUCUGGACGAGAGCCUAGUGGACCUCUGGGACACUGUCAUUCCCAAACUUAUACAGUUUCUGGAAGAUGCAACAAGAGAGGACACCUUUUCCCAGCAGAAUUGGGAAGAUUUAUUUUUGAAGUUGUUGUCAAAGACGUUGGAUGUGAUGGAGAAUGAAGACUGGACAGCAGAGCUGGGAGAAACAUUUGGCAGCCAUGUCAACAUGUACAAUAACUACCCAGAGGAGAAGAAUUUCCUGUACAAGUGUUUGGGCGUGGUGAUGAGGAAGUCAAAUAAGAAAGACUUUGUUAAUAAACAUCUAGACCUGAUCUUUAGCACCAUCAAACACUCUGAUCAGACAGAGAGAGAGGGCUGUGCAAUAGCAAUGGGGUUCUGUGCAGCCUCCCAUCUAGAUGCAGUCUUAACAAAACUUGAAAGUGUUGCCAAAACUGAGAUGUCGCAGAAAUCAGGUGGACUCUUCAGUUUUAUCAAGGACAGGUCAGAGGCUGACAUAGAGAGGACAAAGGCUACACUGAUGUUGUGUUACGGUUUUGUGGCCCUGUUUUCACCUCCAACCCUGAUUGUGUCUCGUAUGGAAGCCACCAUUCUCCGUGGAAUACAGCCCUACUUUGCCAAUGUCAAGGACAUGGGCGUCAAACAAAACUUGAUUCGAACUGUGGACCUGAUUGGCAAAGCUCUCCACCCUGAUCAUCUCAACUCUCAGUAUAACUUCAGCAAUAGAGGGGAGUUUCUUAAUCACUUACAGAGUUACAUGAAAGCUGAAUCUACAACUUCCAUCACAAACGAGACGAGAGCGCUGGCCAUAAAGUCUUGUGCCACCUUGGUUAAAUUGGAUCCCAAGUUGUCUGAAGCAGAGAUUUUUGAUUUGAUUAAGACAUCAACAGACUGUAUAUUUGUAUUACCAAAAGAGGGGAUGUCGCCAAAGAAGGGAAAGGAUGACUCGUAUGAUCAGAUGCUGGAGGCGGAGGUGUUGCUGCAAUCUACGACAGAGGCCAUGCAUGAUCUACUCUGUGUGAUUCUUAGCAAGGAUCUCACACCCAAUGGCCUUGACUCUGUGUUCAAGCACAUAAAGAGAUGGUUUGAUGAGUUAGAAGACCACAGACGGGUACGAGCAUUGGAAACUCUCCUCAUGGCAGAAGAGUAUAUACUGGAAAAUAUGGACCCCACAUCUGAGGAGAUAAAAGGUUUUGAGAGUGAGUGUACAAUAUUAGCACGUCUGGUACCUCGGUGUACGGAUCCUUGCACCCAGGUGCGGCAGUUAGCUGUAGAUUGUAUACAGGUUGUACUGAAGAUGGCAUCCAGAAUAGAUGGAAACCCAGCUGAUGCUAAAGAUCAGAUGAUUGAUGCCUUGUCAACACUUAAAGAACGCCUUGAGAAGGGCGAUCCUACUAUACUCUUUAGUGUUAUCAACGACCUUGCCAAGGUGAUAGCUAGGAAGUUACCAGCAGAACAAUUACAGACUUUCAUUGAGGUUCUACAGGAAGGACUUCUGGACCCUCAGUCACACAGCUCCUCAGGAGCCUGUGUAGUCCUUAAUGGCAUAAUGAAGGCCCGUGGUGGGGAGGUGCUGAAACAGGUGGGUUCCAUAGUAUCAUCUCUACAUGAGAAACUUGGUCAGAUAGAAUUUGCCCAGACAAAGACAGGUACACUGAGAACUCUACGUACCCUCACCAGUUAUCACCUAAGCACCGUAAUGCAGUCUCUGCUCAACUUCCCACUCCCUUAUGACUCGAAUGUGGUGGAGAUUUGGCAAAUAUUGGCUCAGGAUUCCCAAAUAACAUCAAGCAUGAUAGACUAUCUACUCGAGACCUUACAGCGAACACUUCCAUAUGAGGAGCACAAUGAUGGUGACCGGAUUGUUAGAAAUGCUACAGUAGCCCCCUUAGCUGUGACUUGUGCCAUGAAGGUGAUAUUUGAUGCGGAAGAAACAGAGGAACAGGUGAUAAAGAACUACCACAGGCUGUUUGCAGCCCUCAUGCUACGGGUCGGUUCAUCUGUCGGAGUCAAACCGCUCAAACAGAAAUCUAAAACAUUGAGACAAAAGUUGUUUCAGCAGGACAGAGAGGAAAAACCGAUAAAGGACAAGAAAAAGGCUGCAGCCUUGGCAGCAUCAACCCCUAAAGUACCCACGUGUAGUCAGUCUGCCGUAUCAGCAUUCAAAUCCUUUCUAGAGAGGUCAAAGACUAAGGAUAUCCUAGAAGGUCUUGAGGAAGAGGAUUGUUGGACAAAGUUUGAGGAAGAGGAUAAUUAUACUGAGGCAUUCACCAUACUUACCAGACUAAUUGUCACAAGUACAGUGGCUGCACCCCACACCUCACAGAUUGUAGCCUGUCUGACCUCCUCACUGUCCAGCCUGUAUGAAACACAGAGGGUCACCACUGCAGCCUUCUUCGCUGAGUUAAUCAACCAGAAGUGUGCUGAUGACAGUACUCUUGUAGAGCUAGUUAUGAACAGUCUGUUAGGACGACUUGUCGACUCUUCUCACGUUGUGCGAAUGCUCUGUAUCCGUGGAUUGGGCAAUGUAUCAUCUAUGGGUCAGGAUCAGGUUCAGCGGUACUCUACCACAGUGCUGUCAGCCAUGAUGGCAGGAAUGGAUGAUAAAGAGGACCCUGAUGAUGAUAUCACUAUUCAGGCGAUGAGCGGGUUAUCUCGUAUUCUGCCGGAGAUAGAUGAGAGCCACAUCCGUGCCAUCCUAAUCAAUGUUGCUCUCAGAAUCCGCCCUUGCUUCGAAAAGGAAAAAGAAGGAGUGCGGGCUCAAUCUUACAUCCUGUUUGGAAACUUGUCUCGGUUCGGAGAUGGUCCCUCUAAAGCUCCAUUCUUAGAACAGAUCCACAGCAAUCUGGUCAGCCUAUUACUGCACCUGAAUGACCCUAAAAAGGAGGUUAUCAAGGCCUGUAAAGGAGCCCUAAGACAGCUUGGUCCAUUAAUGGAGUCCGAGGACAUCAACAACAAAUUCCAGAAACACCUACUAGAGGAUGCUAACCUACAUUAUGGAGAGUUCAUGAAUGAUUUAUCCAAAGUAAUAAUCCAAGAUUUCCCAGAUAAAGUUAACUUUUAUGCAAUGGGAUGUGUGGCUUUCUUUAGAAGUUCAUGGUCAGAGAUAAAAAGUAACGCAGCAUUAUUUAUAGGAUUUUUACUUGGAAAUUUACCGUCAGAAAACCAUACCCUUAUUUCCAAAGAACACAUCUGCUCAGCAUUGAUAAUGUUACUGAAGGAUUCCACGCCUGAAGUCCGAGCCAAAGCUUCAGAAGCUAUUAGUCUGCUCUACGAAUAUUGAAUCAACUACAAACUAAAGUGUAAGAACACUGAAUGAACCACAAUCUAAAUGCAGUUAUCAGAACUAUGGAAAAGUGCUUCACAAAUGUUUAGCAAAGUGUUCUGUUUGAUCAGGAGACGAUAAAGCUCAUGGAACAUGGAAAGAUCAUCUUUUUGCUUCAAGCACAAAAAUGUGGAAAAGUUAUUGUUAUAGUGUUUAUGGUUUGUGAGAGAAAAUUUUGUUUAUUUUUUCUUCCUGUAACAGGUAACAUGUGAAAGAAAAUGCCAAGCAGCAGAGUGUAAUCAAUUUAUGUACAGCUGUUUUAAAAUUAUUUAUGUAAUUUUACAUGCCACAAGGAUAGUAUGUAACUGCCUAUCAGAAGAAAGAAUGAAGUGAAAAAGUGAAGUGGUGGGUAUUUUUGCCUACAAAGUUUCUUAUGAUAUUUAUUUGAUUGUGUAUGGUAUGAACUCUAGAAUGGAAGCAAAUAUGUCAGAUAGUUAAGCUAAGGAGCCUAAUUUAUUGUAGCAUGCAAACCUGACAAACAUUAAGUAUGUGUCGUGUCCACUGUCUACAAGUUCAGCAGGAGUCAGCUUUAUCACUUUACUAUAGAUAUAUAUGCUAAUUUUGUCUCCCUAUGUUGAUGUUCUAAACCUCUCCCCUCCCCCACCUCUGCUCAUUUGAAAUUUGUUAACUUCAAACGAUUUUUCUUCUGCUCAAAUUAAUUGAUUGCUUGUAACAACUGAAGCACUGGUAUUGGUAUUUAAAAAAGCUGUCUUCAUCUAUAAAAUGUUUGUUUCUGCUUCUCAAAUUUUCAUCUCUGAAAUUUUGACAAGUAUUACCAAUAGUUGAAAUGUUUUUAUAUAAGAUUGUAUUGUUGAGAAAUCAUGAAUACGUAUCAUACAUAAUUUCUCUUUAAAUGUGUUGUUAAACCCACUGUUAAUCACUAAACAAUGGCAUUACGUUAAUAUGAAACGCAUGUGAAAAGAAACAAAUCAAAAUUCCUAUGUUACAUCUGCAAAUUUUACACCAGCAAAUUUUAAGAGUAUUGAUAGGUGUUGUUCAUUUUUCUCUCCUCUCUCUGUGUUACUGACUGAAUUAUUCUGACAGUUUUUGACAUAAAUUCCAUGACAAGAUAAAGACAACAGUUCAUUCACCAUCUGUCAACAUUCAGAUUAUCUUUUGAUUCAUCCAGAGAAAUUUCAUUUCACCCAAAGUUCCUUUGCCAAUCUCUCCUAUGUUUAAUAUCUUAAGACCAGCUGAUGGGUGAUGACAAGAUCAUAAUACAUUGAUACCUUCAAUCUCAAGAUUUGUUACAAAUUUUACAUGAUGGUUGAUAAAUUUGGCUGCUUUCAGAACUUGUUUUCAACCAAAUUUCAUGAAACUUUAAAGGGUUAUUUUCCAAAUCUCUCAACUGACUGGUAAGGUUACAGAAUGAACAUAAGCCCAUGCAAGAGAUGUCCCCUCACUAGUUUCAAACAACAUGUAAAUCAUUUUCUGACUUUAUAUGAGAACUCCUUCCACAAUUUUAUCUUGACAAUUCCAGUGUCAAAGUUCAGAUCACAGGUAAAAGAUUGGUGUUAUGAUGAUAACUAUUGGCUUAAAACAAAAUGUAAAUCCUAAACAGUAUUUUUAGACUGACACUCAACAAAAGACGACAGACUUCAUACAGCCCUUCUGUCAGCGGACAUUAGGUAAUUUCCUGACUACAUAGGAGAAUUUCAUUUACCAUUCUAUCUUGACCAUUCCAAUGUCAAGAUUCAUGGUCACAGGUAGAGGAUCAUUAUUGUGAUGGCUAAUAUUUGUUUGUCCAUAUAAUUCUGAAAUUGAUUUUCAAUCAACUUUCACAAAACAGACCCUAUAUCUCUUUACAUCUAUAAAAGCUGUACCUGUCCGUUGUGUAAGAUUUACGACAAAGCCCCCUUUAUCAAUCUGACUCAGGAAAUCAAUGCUAUAGACAUUAAGUUCCAUUUGUAUUCUCUCGUUUCAUCCAAACCUAUUUCUUUAAAGCAAAUUUUAUGUCUUAUGAGAUUUUCUUUAUAGAUAUAUAGAAGGGUUUCUUUGAUGAAAAGUUGUAAACUUGACUUUAAUUUUGAAAAUUUGGCUGAUUAAAUUAAAAAUUUCUCUAAUUUAGGAUACACUAUGAAAAAGGUUGUUGACUUUUAUGUUACACUUACAAGUCAUAGCAUGGUGAGGAUGACUAUUUUCUAAAAUGCUUCCUAUUAUUGUGUUCAUCAAUGUUCUUUUCAUCAUCUACUGCAUUAUGAAAAUAAAAUAAGUGUCUAAAACAGUUCAUUUAUAAAACAAUAAGGUGUAUUAAAAUGUUGUUUUACAUAUUCCUGGCAACUGUACACACAUACAAGCUUGAUUACACCUUGUGGUAACAAUCACUUUAUAUUGUGCUACUGUGACCUGUAACAAUUCAAAAAAGCUUUUUUAGGUUGCUCAGACAUUGUAAGACAAGAGGUAUUAUUUUUACAUGUAUUAUUGGAAAAUAUCCACAAUCUUAUUUCCUUGGUAAAAUAAAAUGGUACUUUUGAUAUUUUUUCAAUAUUCGAAAGCUCUAUGAGAUUUAAGAAAAUUUUACCCUUGUUUCCAAAAUAGUGACUUUCCAGACUUUGUUUUAAUAGAUAUAAAUGUUUGAUUUCUUGUAUUUUGCUUUAAAUUUUUUUCUUUCAUUGCAAAUCAUAUUACACAAGUAAUAAUA